AUGUUUUGUGUUGCGUUUGGUAGCUUAGCUGGCACAGCUGCUGGCCUGCUGGUCAGUGGUCUCCUAGGAUCCGAAAGCAGCACCAACCAGAACCAAGAUGACGGCAGCGGCGGCGGCUCCGCCGCCACCAUAGCCAAACAGCCUCAGCACCGUCCCUGGAGUAGCAGGAUCGUGGAUGCAGCCGAGAACCUCGCGCAGCGACUGCAGCCGCCACCGCCACCCUCAGCGGCGGCACCUCCGGCGGCCGCGGCCGCGGCAGCGGCUCCUUCUACCGCGCCUCCUUCAACAGGCAUCGGCGCCGCCGCCGGCGGCACGCGUCACGCACCCUCCGAAACCAUUGCUUUCGGCCCCACGACGGCGCCGGCAGCGGAGGCUACCUUACCUCAGCCGACGCCUCGUCUGUACGAAGUUGAAGCGCCGCCGCCCAGCAGCCCCGCUCAUGCGGUCGCGGCGGCCGCCGGCAUGCCUCCGCGACGGACCCAUGGGUUCGACCCGCUCGCAGUCGAGUACGACAUUCCGGCCGGCGGCGCGGCAGCCGACCUCCGAAACCUUCAAGUUACUGUCGAGGGGCAGCAAGUGCUGCCCGCAUCACUGAGCGGGGGCGCCGCCGCCGCCGCUGGCAUCGAGAGGCUUCGCGCUGGCGCCGCCGCCGGCGUCGCCUCCGCCGGUGCCGCCGCGGGCAUCGCCGCCGGUCUGGUGGAGGACGUCCUUUGUGCGCGGGGUCAGAGGGAACUUCUCGACCUGGCCCCGUCCUGGAUAGGAGCACCGGACUUUGAAAAGGCCUCCGCAUUGAACCAGUUGUUAAAGCUGCUGUGGCCGCAGCUGGCGGCGGCGGCGGAGGCGGCCGUUCGUGAACAGGUAGCGGCGGCGGCGGCGCGGGUGGCGGCGGGCGGUGUGCCUGGCUUGGCGGAGCUGACGCUGCGGCGAUGUACGGCAGGUCCAGCGGCCCCGCCGCAAAUCGGCGGCGUCAAAGCGACGGGCGGCUGGGCGCCGCCGGGUGGCGGCGGCGGCGCCGGCGGCGUCACUACCGCCGCUGCCGCCGCUGGCGGUGGCAGCGGCGGUGCCGUCGAAGAGCUUGUAGUGGAGUUCGACAUUGCCUGGGCUUCAGAAUUGGAGUUGGAGCUCGGAGUGUCUUUUGGCUUCCCUGGUCGAUCUACGGUACGGCACGGCGGCGGCGGCGGCGGCGGCGGCUUCCUGCGCCGCUUGCCGCGGCUAGUCCUCCCGCCAGUGCUGCUGUCCCUCUCCCGCCUGCACCUGCGCGCGUCCGUACGGCUCGUUCUGGGACCGCUGCUGCCGGAGCCGCCGUACCUAGCUGCCGUCGGUGUAACGCUGCUGCAUCCGCCGCUACUGGACGCCAGCCUAGGAGUGGGCCUGGACUUAUGGGGGGGUCUCACGUGGCAGCGGCGGCGGCGGCGGCGCCCUCCGCCGCCGCCAGCGGCAGCGGCAGCAGAGGCGGAGGGCGCCGAGGCAGCGGCGAAAUCGACGGCGGACGGCGGCGAAGCCCGGGACGAGACGACUGGAGCGUCGUACAGCGUCCAUGCCGACGCCGACGCUGGUACUGGUGGUGAUGGUCGUCGUACAGGUGACGGCGGCUACGGCGGCGGCUGGACUUUAGAUGUGCUGGCGGUUCCCGUCCUCGGUUGGGCACUCCGAGGCGGUGUUCAGCGCACUAUGCUGUACCCACGCCACGUUGUCGUACACCUGGCGGGGGUAGAGGCGGAGGGAGGAGGCGGCGUACGGCAGCUGCCGCCGCCAGGGCUGCUGAGGUUGCGGCUGCGGCGCGUGGAGGGACUGGAGGCGGCGGCGGCGGCGGCGGAGCGGCUGGACGUGUACGUCAUGGCGCAGGUCCGCGGGGGUGCCGUACAACGCUCUCCUACCCGCUCCGGAACCAACAGCUUCAGUUGGGAGCAGCCCUCAAACGACAUGCGUGCUACUGCUGCUGCGACAGGGCGGCCGACGGGCGACGGCAGUAGCAGCACACUCGGCGGCGGCGGCGGCGACGGCGGUGCUGAUGGCGGCUACAUGCUCGAGAUGUUGGUUUCGGAUCCGUCCCGUCAGACGCUGCUGCUACAAGUCCUUAGAGACAGGGAAGGAUGGCCGUCGUACGACCUGGCGGGUGGCAGCGGCAGCGGAGCCAGCGGAGCUGCAGCAGCUGCUGUGUACGGCAGGGAGGGAGAGGGAGAGGGGGAGCUGUACGACGAUGCACUCCACAUCGGUGACGAGCAGGCUGCCGCCGGACUGGUCGUACUAGAGGUGUCGUACAUCCCACUACGGCAUGAGGACGUGUCUGCUCCCGCUGUCGGGGGCCGCAAGGCGGCGGCGGCGGCGACGUCAUCGGAGGCAGCGGCGGUGGCGGCGGCGGCGGCGGCAGCCGCGGCGGAUUUGGAACGGCAGCGUCGCGAGCUAAGUGACGCCGCCGCCACCAUCAGCGGUGAGGUGGCGGGUCUUAUAGACCCACGGGUCGCCAUCACGAAGGCCGCCGCCGCUGCCACCGGUGCCAGCGGCGGCGGUGGUGGCGCUCCCGCCGGCUUGGCGACUGGCAUUCCCGUACGAGUGGAAUUUGGGGCUUUAUGGUCCGGGGAGUUCGCGAGGGCGGUGCGGCAGUCGGUCGGAGCGGAGGAAAAGGCCGUGUUGACGGUUCGGGUAAUGCGGCUCAAGAUGUUGGCGGGGGGCGGCAACACGGGAACGGCGGCCGGAGUGGACCCCUUCGUGGAGCUCAUUCUGCUGGACUCUUCUGGUCGAGUGGAGGCCGUACGCCGUACACCUGUACGGUAUAACUCCGGCCCGGUGGCUGUGUGGGCUGAGGACCCUCCUCUGCAGUUCUUCGGAGCCGUUGCGGGAGGGGAGCUGGUGGUGAGGUCCUGGGACAAGACCUCCCGGGGCUGGGAGGCGCUGGGCAAGGCGCUGACGCUGGUGGCGCAACCCCGGGCGGAUGAGCUGUUGGGGGAGGUACGACUACCGCUGAUGGCUGUAGCAGCCGCGGGUAGGCUGCAGCGGCGCUGGCUGCUACAGCCCGCCGGCAGCCGGACGCUGCUCGGGGCAGCGGAGGUGGAGCUACAGCUGCAGUGGCUGCCGAUGCCGUCGGGCACCACUACUACCACCACCACCACCACCACCACUGCCCAGCACUCCUAA